CCUGAAAUUAGACGCCUCCUUGUCCCAUAAAGUUAGACGUACCAAUUUCGAUCUACAAAUAAUUAUUGUAUUAUAUUUUGUUUAGUUGUAAACCAAUUGUUAUUUAAUAAAAAGUUAGUACAUGUCUAAACACAAUCCAAUGAUGAUUUUUGAAUCUGUGUAGUGGUUAUAUAAAUCACUUCCUUGGAUGAGGCAUAUGCGGCCAACAACAUCUGUAGGAAUAAUUUGGUUUUAGGGACAAAAAUUUAGUAUUUAUUUGUAUGUGAGGGAGUUAUUUUUUUUUUUUUACCUGGGAGGAAGUUGGUUGCAUUUGCUAAGCUGAUCAACGGGUGGUAGCGUUGGGGCCGAAAUAUGUAUGAAGGGAUCGGUGUAAUGUUUUCUUGAAUCAGUGUAAUAAUUGUUGUCUCAUUGAUAUUAAUUAUGUAUGGUUGAACAGUAAGCAUGUACCGUUGGUUAUUGGGAAGAAGAUUAAAAUAUCUAAUGUGAUAAAUUUUUCCUUUCUCGAAGCGUUGGUAGAUUGUGUCAGACGUAGAAAUAGACACCCUCCCUUCCAUUAUUUGUUCAUGUUUAGUGGUUAAAAGCCAUCAUUUGAAAUGUAGUUGGAAUAAUUAAAAGUAAGUAUUUUUAAGACAAACCUGGAUGUCAAGACAAAUGAAAGUUGUUCCUAGAAAAACUUUUUUAUUUUUGUGAUUUGUGAUGGACCACAUCCUAAUGAUCCUAACGAUUAUUGGAUGCGGUCCGAGGGUGUCGCCCCAAUUGUUUUGAUCUUUUGCUGCAUGUUCUGCACAUAUAAGAAUGAGAAUUAUUUGUAUUGCCCAUCUUUUAUUAAUUUCAUAUUUUUUUGAAGUGAACAUAGUUAUGGUUUGUUUGUUUUUUUUUUUUAAAUUAUUGACAUGGUUAUUUAAAAAUUAAAGUAGGCCGGCCCAUAAUUAUUUGAAUGAGGUCGAAGCAUGAGUAAUUGGAACUGGUAGUUGUAAAUUUGUUGGGUGGGUUUGAUAGUAGAAUUUAGGUUUUUUUUAGAAAUUUAUAGUGACUGUGUGUGAAAUAAGGGGGUUGUGUUAUCUUGGGUGGACAAUUUUAAGUUGAAAGAAAACUUAGCCGGUUCACACAUUGUUAAAGAAAACAGUAAAAAUAAUAAAUUGUCUAAAAAAAUAGAAAAUUCAAAAGAAAAUAGUUUGACUGUUGAAAUAAGUAAUUGUCCGAAAGAAAUAGUUUUACGAAGACGGUGAUUUGGGUUAAUGAGCUGGGCUGCGAGAUUUUUCUUUACCUGGCCCACCGGCAAAUUGUAGACAAACGGAGAUUUUUGUAAGCGAUAACGAAGCCCAAAUCUUUUAUUGCAAUUUUAAUUCGAAGCCCAGUCAGCUAGUGACAUGGCAGUUUGAUAGGUGGAGAUUAUUUUGCCUAUGUGGCACCUCUAGAAAGGCUUGGAUUUAGCUCCUUUUAUAUAGUAGGACUAUUUAAUAAUUUAUGCCAAUUAAAUUUUUAUUUUUGUUUCCCAAUUUAUAUUUGCCAAAUAACUUAUAUAAUAAAAAGGAAAUAUUCAUAUAAUAAAAAUAAAAUUAUAUUUACAAAAAGGAAAUAAAACAUAUUUUAUGAAAAUAUAUUUCAUAUAUAUUGUGAUAUCAUAAAAAAGGAAAGUUAACAAAAAUAGUAUUGAUGUUUAAAAAAUAAUCAUCCCCUUAAAACAUAAUAAUAUCAAUUUAAUUUCUCAUAUUCUUACAAAAAAUAAUUUAAAUAACAUAUACUAAAAUAUCAUUGAUGAAAUAAAAAUAUUUUAUAUUUGUUAAUAUUGAGAUUUUUAUUCAUUUUUCAUAAUAUCUUUGUUAAAUUUUUAAUAUUUAUUACAAUUUCUAUAUAAUUUAUAAAACUACACAAAUAAAAAUAUACAAACUUUCAUCAAAUCUAAAAUACCACUAGAAAUUAGUUAAGGCUUAGUAUUAUUAUAUUUAUAUUUUUUCAAAUUUUUAUAUAUUUAUACAAAAUAAUAUACAUAUAAUUAGAAAACAUAAAAAUAUGAAUUUUUGUGAUUAAUAUUAUUUUGAAUACUUUUUUUGUAUUGUAUAUAUCUAAAGUAUAAAGUUGCUUAAAAUUUACAAUAAAAAAUUAUUUUGUUUAUGUUUAUAUCUGUUCAUGAGUUUUCAAAAUUUUAUCGGUAAUGUUCGUUUAGAAAACUUCAUACUUAUCAUCAUAUCAGUUUUUCCUGCUACUUUUAUAAAUCAACAAAUAUAAAAUUAUACAAAAGAAUUUAUGAAAUUAUAUAAGAUGAAGAAUUGAACUAAUGCAAUAAAUUAAACUAAUCAAAUUUAGUUUAACUAGAAUCAACAUUAAUUGUGCUUAGAUUUAAAGAAAUAUGUGUAACUCAAUAUAACCCAAAAUAAGUAUAAUAAACAAUCUAAAUUAGUAUGCGAGAAAUCAAAAGUAUAAAUGCAAAAAAAUCAAAAUUAAUCAAAAUAUUAAUUUAUUUCAGACUAAAAAAUACUACGGUUAAACUUGGAGAAGUCAAUAAAAUUCAUUAUACCUAAGUAUUAAUCAAAUCGACUUCAUACUAUAUAUUCAAAUUAUAUGUCUAAAUACAAUUAAAUAAUAUUAAAAAAUAGUUAAAAGUUAAGAUAGAAUAUUGAAAAUUUAUGAUAUAUUUAUUUUGUAAAAAUUUAUAUCCCUGAAAGAGUACGAGAAAAUCACUUAGUCAACAUCAAAAUUAGCGGUAACGAUUUUCGACUGAUGAUAACACUUAGAAAUAUUGUUAAUAUGAACAAUUUCUUUGACAUAUGGCCGCUAACAGUAACAUAUUGACAUAUUCAUAAUAAUGGUUUCUGACACUAUCCAUAAGCUAACACCACCAUCAUUGGCAAUAUGACAAGAAUGUUACUGCUAGUGGUGCUAUUUAUAAAACCGGCACCAUUAUCAUCAACAUGUCUCAAAUUGUUACCGUCAAUAAUAAUGCCAAUUCUUUUAUAAGAAAUGAUUAAUUUUCAAAGAAAAUUUUAGAGUUUUUAGUUAAGUUUUUAUAAAUAGAAAAAUAGUAUUUUUUAUGUAAUUAGAUUCUAUUCACGUGAUAAUCUUGUUCGAUCAUAAUUCCAUAGUACGCUCAAGACUUUGACUUCUACGUAUCAGAUUCUAUUCCCGUGAUAAUCUUGUUCAGAGGCUUUUAUCAGCUUUUGAAACACUGGUUGUAUGUUGAUGGAUACGAUGAUGACAUGGUGAGAACCUUUCACAAUCGCGGACCCCUGUUUGUAUAUCAUGUGCAAACCAGAUGUCAUGCAAAAAUGGAUGACCAUGAGUAUGUUAUCGACUCAUCGGUGCUCCCUCUUAAUACUUUAAAAGUUUCUGAUAAAUUAUAACUUUUCACCGAAAUCUCAUUUUGUUGAUAUAUUUUAGAUAAAAUGCGGCAUGUUCAGAGAUUUCAAAACUCAGUGAUAAGGUGUGUAUGGGUAAGUGGGGUAUGUUACUUUUACAAACCAGGAAUGCAAUCCUAUUGUAAAUUGGUUUAUCUGUUUUUGGUACUAGUAUAAAAACAAGGACGUUCUCAUCUAUACUAUUAAAAUAUAAUCAUUCUAAAAAAUCUACUUACAAAAGUUUGUUGGACCUACUUAUUAACUAUUUAUUAUAUUUUGGUCCAAUUUUUAUUUUUUCUAACUAUAUAAAUACUUUACAUAAUUUAAAUGAAUUCAUUUAUUACUGUACAUAAUCUAUUAUAUACUCAAAAUCCCCAUGAAUAUAGGACAUAUGACUCUAACAUGUUUAACAUGUAUAACAUCUUUAUGUGAAUUGAAACUUAAGACCCUUAAUGUCAACUAUUCAACUAUGAAACAUUGAUUUAGUUAAUUACAUGCAAUCAACUAUUAAGAUUUGAUCUUACAUUCUUAUACAUGAAUUAAAUGAUUAGUCUUUUUAUAUAAAAAAAUUAAAUGGGUUAAAAUUUUAAAUGGAAUUAGUCAAAAGGGCUGGUUUAAAUAGGACAUGUUUCUUUAUUUUACAAAUUCUAACAAUGCAUAUGCUAUGUUUUUAUUGAAUUUCCACAAAUAUAAAUAUUCCCCGCUUUAAAUAUCGAGUAAUUUGGGUUGUUUGGAUAAAAAUAUAUGAAAAUUAAAUUUUUAAUAUUUGAAAAAAAUAUCAGGGUAAUUCUUUUUUUUGUGUAAUUUGGUUUAUAAUUAGGAUAUUUGGUUAUUUAGAAAUUAAAUAUAAUUAAUAUUUGUAUGUAUAUAAUUUAUAUUUUUAAAAUUUAAGUAUUCAUUUGGUUCUCGGUUCGAUUUAUGUUCUUUAGUUCCAGUAAUUUAAGAUAUGUUUGGUUAUUUAUAAAAUUCAAUUAAAUUUUGGUUUUGUUUUUUUUUUAGUUUGGUAAGAUUCUAUUCAUCUGGAUAAAAUGCCUAAACCUUUACAUUAUUUUAUAUAAAAUUUUAUUUAGAAGAAUUUAAGAGAAAGGACGUGGGCUCAUUUACCAGUAGAUAGAACGUGCACUGGUCAAAGCAAACUUAAUUUUCAUUUUUUGUUUUUACCCUUUGAAAGGGCGCGUAUACUUUUUGUUUAUAUUUUUUUCUUUGAAAUUUAAUUUUUAUAUAUUUUUUUUGUCAACAUAUUUAUGUUAUUCUUUGUAAUUAUAUUUCUGUAUAUAUUUUAAUCAAAAAAUAUUUUAUAAGAUAAUAGAAAAUUAAGAAGUUGACCUGACAUACUCCAUAUUCCUUAUAAUCAUAUGUUUGUAUGCCAUUUUUUGUAAUCAUAUUUGUUUACUCUAGAUUUUUACCCGCAAGAUAAUUGAUGUCAAUUAUAUUGUUGUCAAACAUGUUUAAUAUGAUUACUUAUAUUGAUUGAAACCGUAGACUUUGACUCAAGUGGAUCCGAAAAUUAGGGGCAUCAAAUGAAAGUUAUAAAUAAAACUGGAUAUGGAUAUAUAAAGAGAAUAAUAACUAAUCCUUAGAUAAAAGGAAUAUAUGAUGGACACAACAUUUUAUCAAUUAGGCAUGUUUCUAAUUUAAUAGUAUUGAUUCUAUCUUAGGAGUGAUGAGUUUGAAUAGAUUGGGUGACACCAAACAUAGAACUGACCUUUUUUUUCUUUUUUGAUCAACCUGAUCGAACUGACCAAACAUAGAACCGACCUAAUUAUAAAGCGAAAUCCGGUUACUUUUUUUAUCGGGUUUUGACAUCAUCUCUAGAUAAUUAUAAAUGUUUAACUCAUCGAAAAUUUAUUACAAAAUUCUACUAGAAUAAAGAUUGUAAAAUAUGUUCAAAUAAAGAUUGUAAAAUAUGUUUUUUAGAACCAAGAAUUAAAGAUUGUUAAAUAUGUUAACCUCUCCACAGAAGUCUCUCUCAUCCAGAAUUCUAUACCUCUGUUAGCUCUUGACUUGUAUCACAAGCCAAAAGCAAGUGAACUCUUCCUUGUGUAUCACGUAACUAGACCCAUGCUCUUUAUUGAAUCCCAUCUCUCAUCAUCACCCAUAUUCUCCAGAAUCCUUUUUUCUUAUUAUAUACGAGUCUGUAUAUAUAUGCUUGAUAUCAAUACAUAGUGGUCAACGUUCACCGGUUCAACAGGCGUUGAGUCUAUAAACUCCAUAGCAUCAUCAUCUAGGUCGACCAGCUCUUAUAUCAAAGACGCAAGCCUAGUGUCCAGGACCAGAUUGCUAGGCCCAAAUAAUUGGAUAAAUGGUCCUAGGCCAAAAGUAUUUAUAAGCUGGCAAAAUCAAAAGAAUAGACUUAUUCGGAUAACCAAACCGGUUAAUAAUCUGAUAAGUUUAGCUUUGUCUACUAUAUGUAGAUGAACCCUAAGUUAAACAUUCUUUCUGUAAUCUUUGUGACAUAAACAAGCGUGGAUACUCAUAAUGCCGAGGGGGAGAAGUGACUCUGCCAUUAAGCUAAUUACAUACUCCGAGGAGCUUGUGGAUGGAAAACCAUUCUACGCUUUUUCCAAUUCUCGUCCUGUGAAGGCUUUGAACCGCGAACCUGCUGGUCACGCCUUUCAUUCUGCUGCUCUCAAACUCCAUGGCUUUGCAGAGAAGCCUACUGAUGGUGAAGGUAGCCAUAAGAAAGUUGGUGAUGAUGAUAAAGAUGAGGAGUAUGUUUUUCCUUCAUUCAACCCCUAUGCCAACAACAAAGGGAGGAAGAAGAAGAAGAAGCCUGGUGGUACACAGCAACAACAAGACCACCAACAAGACCACUACGCGUUGUUGGGAUUGAGAAACUUGAGGUAUCUCGCAACAGAAGAUCAGAUAAAGAAAAGCUACCGCGAAGCCGCAUUGAAGCAUCAUCCUGACAAACAACACGCUGCUCUCCUUCUGGCAGAGGAGACGGAAGAAGCCAUGGAGGCCAAGAAAGAUGAGAUAGGUUCUCGCUUCAGAGCGAUUCAAGAAGCUUACGAGGUGCUGAUGGAUCGAACCAAGAGGAAAAUCUUUGACUCCACUGAUGAGUUUGACGACGAGGAUUGCUCGCCAGAAGAGUUUUUCAAGGUGUUUGGUCCAGCCUUUAAGAGAAUUGCUAAGCUGUCGGCGACAGCGAGUCAGCGUGUGCCGGAUUUAGGAGAUGAGAACACAAAGCUCAAAGACGUUGAGAAGUUCUACAGCUUCUGGUACGGUUUCAAGAGUUUGAGAGAGUUUCCUAACGGAGGAAAGCAUGAUCUUGAGAAGGCAGAUUCGCGCCAGGAGCGGAGGUGGAUGGGGAGAGAGAAUGCCAAAAAAACCGCAAAGGAUAGGAAGGAGGACGACGUUCGAAUCCGGAAUCUAGUGGACAAUGCGUAUAGAAUAGACCCGAGGAUCGCGAAAAGAGAAGAGGAAGAAAAGGCCAAGAAGCAACGGAAGAAAGAAGCGAAGGUUAUGGCUGAGAAGAAGCGGGAAGAGGAAGCCGCCGAGAAAGAGAAGAUGAGGAAAGAAGAAGCAAAAGAAUCCGCCGAAAAACUAAAGAAAGAUAAGGAGAAAGAGAGGAAACUCUUACUCAAAGAGCGUAACCGUCGUAGAACUAUCUCAGCUCAUGUCCUGGCUCAGUGUCUCGUCUCCAAGGAAGAUGUAGAGAAUCUAUGCAUGUCACUAAACAUCCAGCAGCUUCAGAGUCUAUGUGAUACGAUGGGAAACAAACAAGGGAUAGAGUUAGCAAAGGUGAUCAAAGAUCACCAAGCCAACUCUAAAGAGAAAGAAAAUGAGAAAGCCAACUUUAAAGAGAAAGAAUGUGAGAAAGCCAACGUAGAGCCUACUAAAUUAGAUAACACUCAAAAGAAAGAAAAUGAGAAAGCGGACGGUGACGCAAAGCCUACUAAAUUAGAUAACACUAAGAAGAAGCAACCAUGGAGCAAAGAAGAGAUUGAUAAGCUGAGAAAAGGAAUAAUAAAAUACCCAAAGGGGAUAUCUCGGAGAUGGGAGGUUAUAUUAGAUUACAUUGGUACAGGGAGAACCGUGGAGGAGAUUCUUAAAGCAACUAAGACCGUUCUUCUCCAAAAACCAGAUUCUGCCAAGGCGUUUGACACAUUCCUGGAGAAAAGGAAACCUACGGUUUCAAUCGCGUCACCUCUCUCCACAAGAGAGGAGGAGCUCGGAGAAUCUCUACCAAUGGAAAAUAAUGGUGAAUCAAGUGGGAGUUCAGACGCAGAUGGUUGGUCGAGUGUGCAAGAAAGAGCUUUGGUUCAAGCUUUGAAGACGUUUACUAAAGAGACGAGCCAAAGAUGGGAGAGAGUAGCUGCAGCUGUUCCAGGGAAAACGAUGGUUCAAUGCAAGAAGAAGUUUGCUGAGCUUAAGGAACUCAUCAGAAGCAAGAAAACUGGAGUCUAAAGGGGAAAAAAAAAUUGGAGAAUUUUGGGUUUUAAUAUUUUCGAGUUCUUUAUGUAUUGAGUCACUAGUAUAUAUCAUUAUAUGUCCAUAAAUCUUCUCUCAACUAUAACAAACCGUAAUUAAGUAGCGAGAAAAAUACAGAAAGAUUAAGUUGUGAUGUUGUUCAUUUUUGUUAUUAGGACCAAACAGGAUAAUGUAUGAUUUCCCAACGCCUCCUUGUGCUUGACCUAAUGAUGACCCAACAGUCACGUAACUAUUUCCAAUGUCUUGACCACCAAGAAGAAGCGUAAGGGCAUCACUCAUGCUGCUCUAGGUAAACAAGCUGGUAUCAAUCAUCCCAACAUACGCUUUAUGCAAUUCAUCUGCCAUCCAUGUUACUUGUGUGACUAAAAGCUAAACUUGUAGAUGCAUAUAUAAAGCAAGAAGUCUCUCUUCAAGCUCCAAAACAGGAUUUAGAAAAUUUUGAUUAAUUAUUUCAUCAAGUAAGACAUUUGAAUAUCUUUUCUAGAUAUUUUGAAUAUUCAGCAUACAUCACAUGUAUGCUGAAUAUUUUAACAUCUUAACUUAUCUGAGACAUUUGAAUAUCUUUUCUAGACUAGAACGAACAUUGGAUUUCGAUUUUUUUACAACUUCCGAUACAAUUUGAUACUAGAAAGUUUUUAAAAAAUUAAACUUUUCGUUUCAUAGAUUUAUAUUAUCGAGUAAAUAAUUAAACAUUUAAUUUUGUUUAAUUUUUAAAAUAAACUAUAUAGUUUAAAAUUUGUUUUCAUUGGUUUAAAAUAAUAAAGAUAAUAUGAUUUUUGUUAUUAAAAGAUUUUUUUAUAAUUUUAAAAGUUAACAUCGACAAAUAUUUAAACUGAUGUAUAUUAUAAUAUAUAAAUAAGAAACAUUAGGCAUAUGAACGUACACAUCCCGCAUCACAUUAGCCCGAGUAUACAUUAUUUCGCAGCAAGUUCACAAUAAUAAACUACCAACCAACUAUAACUUAAAGAAGCACGAAAUAAGAAUUUGACCAAAACAAAAAUCAGAUUGAUUGAACUUUUUUCGAUGGUACAAAGAAAUCAAAAGUAAAAAGCUUGGAGCAACAUUGAUUAAAUAAUUAAACAGAAAAAAAAAAGAAGAAGAAACAUUAUGCAGAUUU